AUGGGGAAGGGCCGGGCACCGUGCUGCGCCAAGGUGGGGCUCAACAAGGGCUCCUGGACGCCGGAGGAGGACAUGCGCCUCAUCGCCUACAUUCAGAAGUACGGCCACGCCAACUGGCGCGCCCUGCCCAAGCAAGCAGGUUUGCUGCGGUGCGGGAAGAGCUGCCGGCUGCGGUGGAUCAACUACCUCCGCCCGGACCUCAAGCGCGGCAACUUCACCGCCGAGGAGGAGGAGACCAUCAUCAAGCUCCACGCCAUGCUCGGCAACAAGUGGUCCAAGAUCGCGUCGUGCCUGCCGGGCCGGACGGACAACGAGAUCAAGAACGUCUGGAACACGCACUUGAAGAAGCGGGUGUCGCCGGCCGGCGGGGAGGAGCGCGGCGCCGACGGGUCCAAGAAGAAGAAGAAGAAAGCAGCCGCUGGCGGUGGCGCCGAGGAGCCGCUCCCGUCGCCGUCGCAGUCCUCGUCCACCACUACGACGACCAACUGCUCCAGCGGCGACGACUCCGGCGAGCAGCAGAGCAACACGAGCAAGGAGGAGCCGGACGACGACGAGCUGGACCUGGAGAACCUCGAUAUGAUGCCCAUGCUCGACGACCCAGCCUUCGGCUUCGACAUGCUGGUGGACCCCGUGCCGCCUGCGCCGUACGGCCCGGCGGUGUCCGUGUCCGUGUCCGCGCCCACGUCGCCCUGCGCCUCGUCCACAUCCCCGCCGCCGGCGCCGGCGUGCGCCCCGCCCGGCGUGGACGACCACCUGCUCGUGCUGACGGAGAUCGACAUCGACCAUGAGCUGUGGAGCAUCAUCGACGGAGACGGCGGCGCCUCCGCUUGCACCGUAGCCGCCGCCGAGGCACCGGCACCGGCACCGGCGUCGUGCUGCCAGCUGAGCAAUGCAGAGCCGCCGAGCGGCGGCGCCAACACGACCAGCCACGGAGCGGAGGAGGGAAAGGAGUGGUGGUUGGAGGACCUGGAGAGGGAGUUGGGCCUGUGGGGCCCCGUGGAGGACUACCAGUACCCAACGGGCCCACAUGGUCUGGUCGCUGACCACCCGGACCCGCUUCCUGCCAUGGUGGACGACCCAGUGUCCUGCUACUUCCAAGCGGGCCCCGCCUCCGCCAUGCUCCAGGAACCCGGAUACUCUGCUGCUGCAGUCACAAGCAGUAACCAGAUGGGGUUGUGA